GAAAAUAUCAAGAAGGUUCGUCAUUCUUAUACCCUUAAAGAGAAAGCCAAUGUUGUUCGGUAUGCUCUUCGUGAAGGCAAUCUUAGGGCCACUGCUAAGUUUGAUUUAGAUAAGACUCAAGUUGGUUAUUGGGUAAUGAAGUUAAAAGGUAAACUUGAUGAGGUUAAUUAUAGCAAAUCUCAUCGUCUUGAAGGUGUGGGUCAAAGAUGGGCUAAGACUAAGGCUUCUUCUCUUCCUGGUGUAAUUGUUUUUUUUCAUGAAAAAGGUUGGAUGAAUGAACCUAGUAUGUUGUUAUGGGCCAAUAACUAUAUAGAAGAUUGUUUAGAUAGUCAGAAAAAUAAACUCUCUCUUCUUGUCUUUGAUUCAUUCAGAGUAUAUAUUACUAAUGCAAUUAAAAAGAAGCUUCAAGAGAAUAACAAUGACCUUGUUGUAAUUUCUGGUAGGUUAACUUCUGUAUGCCAACUGCUUGAUGUUUCAAUUAACUGUCCCUUCAAAGUAGCACUUCUUUGUGAGUGGGUGCUUGCCACAUGGGCAGAAAUUGAUCCUAAGAUUAUUCAUCAUGCCUUUCGCAAGUGCUCUAUUUCUAAUAUUAUGGAUAAAUCAGAGGAUAGUGAGAUAUAUCAUGACAAAAUCCUUGAUAAUAAAACUAAUGAAGCUAAUGAAAAUAAUCCUAAUAUGGAUUCUGGUAAUUUUGGUAAAAAUGAGGAGGAUUUUAAGGAUAAAGAAAAUAAUGAUGCAACAAUUGAAGAAAAUAAGGAUGUUCUUCUUUUUACAAUAGAUUAA